CAGGAGCCUAGCCAUGGAGACCCUGCUCCUGUGCCUGGCCCUCCUCGCUGCACCCGCCGCCACCAUGCUGUGCCCCAAGCGCUGCAUCUGCCAGAACCUCAUGCCCUCCUACACUGUCCUCUGCGCCAAGACAGGCCUGCUCUUUGUCCCGCCGAACAUUGACCGGCAGACGGCCGAGCUGCGCCUCAUGGACAACUUCAUCACCACCCUUCGUCACCGUGACUUCGCCAACAUGAGCAGCCUCAUCCACCUGAUGCUGUCGCGCAACACCAUCAGCCAGAUCAAGCCGUACGCCUUCGCCGACCUGCAGGACCUGCAUGCCCUGCACCUGGACGCCAACCGGCUCACCAUGCUGGACGAUACCCACUUCCAGGGCCUGGUCAACCUCAGGCACAUGAUUCUGGCCAACAACCAGCUGCACAGCAUCUCUGAGGGGGCCUUCCAGGACUUCCUGGAGACCCUGGAAGACCUGGACCUGUCCUACAACAACCUGGUGAACAUCCCCUGGGAGACCAUUGGCCUGCUGGCCAGUGUCAACACCCUCAGUCUGGACCACAACCUCAUAGAGAUGGUCCCCGAGGGCAUCUUCUCCAACCUACAUAAGCUUGCGCGUCUAGACAUGACCUCCAACAAGCUGAAGAAGAUCCCUCCAGAUCCCCUGUUCCUGAGAAUCCCAGUGUACGCUAAGCUGAAGGGGUCUCCACUCACGUCCCUGGUGCUGAGCUUUGGUGGGAACCCGCUGCACUGUAACUGUGAGCUAGUGUGGCUGAGGAGGCUGACCAGAGAAGAUGACCUGGAGACCUGCGCCUCUCCCCGAGAGCUUGCCGGCAAGUAUUUCUGGACCAUCCGUGAGGAGGAGUUUGUGUGCGAGCCGCCCAUGAUCACGCGGCACACCUCCAAGAUGUUUGUGAUGGAGGGUCAGGAGGUGAGCCUGCGCUGUAAGUCGGUGGGCGACCCGGAACCUUCCACACAUUGGGUCAGCCCCGAGGGGAAGCUGAUCGGGAACACGUCCCGCACCAUAUGCUACGAGAACGGCUCUUUGGACAUCCUCACCACCACUGUGAAGGACUCUGGGAAGUUCACCUGCAUUGCCUCCAACGCCGCUGGCGAGGCCACAGCGCCUGUGGAGCUGGUGGUUAACCCCUCACCACACUUUGACCCCAAGCUGGAGCCCGAGCCUGGCCCCUCGGACAUCCCCACCUCCAUCAAGUCCAACGCCAGCGGGGGCCACGCCCGCACUGACCAUCAGAGGGUCAGCGUGUCGGAGCUGAGCUCGAGCUCGGCCACCAUCCGAUGGCCCCCUCAGGACCACAUCCCCGGGGUCCGCAUGUACCAGAUCCAGUACAACAGCUCCUCCGACGACAUCCUCAUAUACAGGAUGAUCCCUGCGUCUCAUAAGUUCUUCCUACUCAGUGACCUGGCCUCUCAACGGGACUAUGACCUGUGCGUGCUGGCGGUGUACGAUGACGGCGUCACGGCCCUGACCGGCACCCGCCUGGUGGGCUGCGUGGCUUUCACCACCGAGCACGAGUACCGCCAGUGCCGCUCCCUCCACGACCAGUUCCUGGGCGGCACCAUGAUCAUCGUGAUCGGCGGUAUCAUCGUGGCCUCCGUGCUCGUCUUCAUCUUCAUCCUCCUCAUGAAGUACAAGCUGCACAGCAACCACUACAAGCAGAAGACGGCACAUGUCAGCAACGUGUGCUCUCAGACCAACGGGGGCCAGGCGGCAGGCGGGGGAGGCGCUCCCAUCCCCCCCUCGUCCUCGUCCUCAGGCUCGGCCAAUAAGCCCAUGCCUCCUGGCCCAGUGGACAAGGUAGGGCACGAGGGACCCCAUCAGGCCUCGGAAGGGGGCUUCGGAGGGCCUUUGAAAGGGACCACCGUAGUGGACUUGAACCCAGACUACGGGAAGUCAGUGAAGGACGAGGAUGAUUUAUCACAAUAACGCAGGAUCUUGGACUUCCCCACCCCCGCCCCCUUUUUAUUUCCUGAUACUGGGGUCUCUCUGCCUUACCAAGGAUUAUCUUGUGUUCAAGAUUCGCACAUCACCCAUGCUCGUCCUCUGAGGUGGAGGGAGGGAGAAAGGAGAGGUAAAGUCCCCCUGGUUCAAGGAAGUUGGAAAAACAAACUCACAAAAUAAUAAAUAUGAAUCCAAGAACAGCAUUGGGAGUAGAGAUGGGUGGAUGCCAUGGAAUCGCUGUGUUCCGUCACUUAUGCAAUUCUAUCCGGAACUGGGAUGUAAUCCAGCCCUGUGGAGUGGAGGGAAAUGCAUUCCAAAACCUGGGGCUUCUUUCAAUGCGUGAGGAAUGAGUUGACAACCCAGACGCCUCAAAUUCCUUUCGGAAUACUUUUUGGGAUUCUCAUUGGAAUUGCUUAUUACAGAGGAACACCCUUGGAUGGUUUUGAUGACAUGUUGUGGGUUUCGUAAUAAAGCUCCGUUCCCCUUAACGAUAGGUCAUAUGUCAAAGGAAUACAAUAAGAGAAGGCGAUACAGUGUUUGUUUUCCUCCCUGAGGGCAUUGGAAGUGUUAGCACACAUCGAUGUCAUGUCGAUGCACCAAUAUCAAACUGUUGUUCAGUGAUCUCUAGGGCACAUUAUAAUCUUUAUAAUCCUCUCUCGCUCUCUUUCUCUCUCUCUCUUUCUCCCUCCCCCUCUCUCUCUCUCGCUCUCUCUCUCUCCGUCUAUAUGGACAACUGAAUAGUAUACUCAACAAUUAUGACGUCAAAUACAUCCAUUUUGGAUGACGGUGGAAAAAAUAUGAUUAUUUGGCCAUGGUUAUCCCAACGUGGAAUAAAAACAUGGGCUCUCAAGAUGAGGUCAAAAGAAGCACCUGGUUUGGUUUGAUUACAUGAACUUACAGCACAAGUAAUGCAUUGUAGUUUGAUGGUGAAAUGUUGAGUUAAGUUUCAUUCUGACACAAACUUUACAGACAAGAAACUUACCCUAUUGUAUACCACUUGCGAAUUGAAAAGAUGGACACACGGAUCAAAUACUAUUUUAUCCCUUACUGUUGACUGUGUAUGUAUUUGUAUGUGAGAUACACCUUCAAUCUUCUCUGAUUUGAUACCCAUAUUUCCUUUGAAUUAUGAAACAACAAUAAGAAAAAAACGUAUGAUGGAAUUUUAUGCUUUCAUAGGUACAAUAUGUGGAUUUAUAAAGAAAUAAAAGUAUUUUUCUUGAA